CCCACGACAAACUUAUUAAUUUACAGCCAUUCGCAAACGAAACUUCGUUCACGGGUUUCAUAUUGAUGAAGUGCUAUUUUAUACGCGCAUUCGUAUUGUAACCAUAAUUUUUGUGGACCUUUUUUUUUUAAUUCGUAUUCAAUAAAUUCAGCUGAGUUAUAAUCGGGUAGUUCUUUUUUUCAUUUUUACCCUUAUUUAUAAUUAUUUGCGUUUUGGGCUGAAUUUUGAUUACUUGCGAAUGGCUGUGAGAGGUUAACACCACAAGAGUCUCGUCUAAAUAACUUUUAAAAAUUUACAAUCACAAACAUCGAUUUCUAAGCAAUACACGCAAUGCCUCCUGAAAAUCAACUAUCCAGCAUCAAUGAAAAUUCGGUUUUCCUAAUGGAAAGAAGAGAGGUCCCGAUUGAUUUUGAAUUCGUAACAAGAAACGAAUGGAAAGCUAGGGACCCCGUACACAUUGAAAAAAUGAAAAACCCUGUACCAUACGUUAUCAUUCACCAUAGUUACAUACCCAAAGCGUGCAAUACCUCGGACCACUGCAUAGAAGCCAUGCUUCGGAUGCAAUCGAUGCACAUUGAUACCAAUAAAUGGAACGACAUCGGGUACAGCUUCGCGGUAGGCGGUGACGGGAAAGUGUAUGAAGGUAGAGGGUGGUCUCGUGUAGGGGCGCACGCGCCCACUUACAACAACAAAAGCAUCGGAAUUUGCAUUAUAGGAGAUUGGUCGGACGAUUUGCCCCCAGAAAACCAACUGGAAACGGUACAUAAACUCAUUCAGUAUGGCGUUGACUUGGGCAUGAUUCAGAGAAACUACUCACUUUUCGGUCACCGCCAGGUCCGCGAAGGCACCGAGUGUCCUGGCGAAGCUCUCUUCGAAGAAAUCAACAACUGGGCUCACUUCUGUGCAAUCGCCCCUUACGUUUAUCCAGACAAAAGCAAUAACAUAAACCGAUAAAUAAUUUAAUGUACAAAACGGCAUUUCUAAAACCAAGUUCCUUUUACCAAAAAAAGAAGUGCUUCAACAUACGUACAAGUGAAAAUACAAUGACAGGAUAUUCGGUUUUAAAUUACGUAAGACAGAUUCGAUAAAUUUUACACAUUUUAUCUAAUUUAUGAAAAUUUUUCAAAUAAUUAAAUAAAAACGCACGUAUUAAUAAACCUGUAUCUAAAAGCAAUCGGGAACAUUUAAAUAAUAGUGUUAGUUGUAGUCAUCAGUAACAGCAACAAUGUGAUCAAUAAAGUUCCUUUUAUAAUAAAGACAAAAUAUAAAAAUAA